ACCCACCCAAAUUGCUCCCCCCAAAGCAUUCGAAUUCGCCGCCUUAUCCAUUGCGACUCGCCACCUUUCUUCGCGCUGCCGAACCACCUUUGCGACCGUCUAAAGAACAUGUCGUGACCAUGAACCACGACGCCAUACUUCAAACUGUCCAGCGAUGGCGGCGCCCACGCUACUCGGCACGCCCUUUUGCCCUUACCAUCCUCGCCAUUACCCUCAUCUCGUUGCUUGCAUGGGCAAAGACACAGGCUCGUCCAGGCGCGACAUCAUCUGGUUUACUGCACAAGAGGGACGUUACGAUCCUGGAUCAAGAGUGCCGCCUCGUCCACCAUGCCCAUGACCAGUGCGCUUUUGUACGCGCAAACUGCCCUGAUGAAGAAGCCGGAGUUAUCUCAUACCUGACUUUCUACUACUGUCGCCUGCCUCACGCAAAGCCAGUCGCUUUCGCCCUUAUGACCCUGUGGCUUGCUCUCCUCUUCAGUACCAUUGGCAUCGCAGCGAGCGACUUCUUCUGCGUCAACCUCAACACCAUUGCGCGCAUGUUGGGCAUGAGCGAAAGUCUUGCUGGGGUGACCUUGCUUGCCUUUGGAAACGGCAGUCCCGAUGUCUUCUCCACUUUUGCUGCCUUCCGCACCCACGCAGCAAGCCUGGCUGUCGGCGAGCUUAUUGGCGCUGCGUGCUUCAUCACUGCCGUUGUCUCAGGCUCCAUGGCCCUCAUUCGCCCCUUUCAAGUCGCCCGCAAGAGCUUUGUCCGUGACGUUGGCUUCUUUCUUGUCGCCGCUGCCUUCAGCAUGGGCUUCAUCAUUGACGGCAAGCUGCAUCUCUGGGAAGCGAUCAGCAUGGUUGCCUUUUACCUGUUCUACGUCGCUUUUGUUGUGGGUUGGCACUGGUGGCUCAACCUGAGGAAGGCGCGACGGGCGAGGGCUGCCACUAUGAGGAACCAAUAUGUCAUGCCUAAUGGAGAAGAGGAAGAAAUUCAGGAGUACCAUGACGAGGAAACGUCGUCCCACAGCAGAACCUCAAGUCAUGGCAUAUCCAUCGAAGACUUUUCCAUGCUCGAAAACGCCGGCAGUGACGAGCGCAUGAUCGACGAUGACGACAAUGAAGAAGAGCGCGAACGUUGGAUGGGCGAACUGACCAACAACAUGCGCGUCAACCGACCCAGCAACUCGCGUCGCAACACGCACACGCCCAUUCGUCCCAGUCUGGUGGGUGCCCUCGAAUUCAGGGCCGUGCUAUCUUCGCUGCAGAAGUCACGAAACAUUCAGUCCAUGCCCAUCAACCUUCGUCGAUACUCUGACGAUCCGACCUACACCACUGCUCAGCAGCAAAAAUACAUUUCACAAGGGAAUCACGCUACCCCCCAACCUCCCUUUGACGCCCAAUCCAGUGCCUCUGAUGCGUUAGCACACGCGAGCCGAUCCAAUCUUGACAUUAACUAUGGUCUGAACACGUUAUUGAACGCUCCCCUGUCGCCAACUAUCUCCCUUUCUCCACCAAACUCUCCAUGCUCAUUUGAUCCGAGUUCAAAUACACCCAGAACAAGGUCAACUUCAUCCAACAUGCUCGCACCACCUAGCAGUGAUAACAGGGCAUCGGUCCGCCAAGGCACAUCGUCACCCAGCCCUUUCUCUUCACCGGUCAUAGAAGCCAGCGACCGCCAAUCGCCUCCAAGUCUGAGGCUGGUCGUGCCAGAUGCUAGCUCUCCGCCAAUUCCCUUCCCCGCUUACACUGAUUAUCCUUGGUCGGCGCAAUCGGCUUCGAGACCACCAAGCCUUCGCCCGCCAUCUCCCAGUGCAUCUUCAGUGUCGGGAUAUUUUCCCAGAAACUCAUUCGGUUUUUUUGAUCAGACUAGAACCCCUAGAUGGUGGCCAUCCAGUCUUUUACCCGUACCUAACGUGCUCCUCGCAACCCUCUUUCCAACUUUGACCAACUGGAAAAGCAAAAGCUUCUUUGACAAGAUCUUGGGAUUGGUAGCAAGUAUACCUGUAUUUCUACUUACAAUCACACUACCCGUGGUCGAACCUCCGUCGGACGAGACCGAGACAAGCCAUCCUGAGCCCUCAUUCGACUUUGGUUUACCAACAUCUCCAUCAACCCACAUUGGCAGUACAGAUUCACAUGCGCAUAAUGUUUCUAUUACUUUGCCAUCAGAUAGAUCAAACAACGUUACGUACUCCAAGGAUAACAGACCCUCCAAUUUACCCAUGCCUCAGAGCAACAGCAACUCUUCCUCGGCCAGUGCCCGUCACACACCUCAAGUAUACAUUACAGGUACAGAGGCACUCGCGCAAUCACCUGAGCAGGUCCCGGCACUCAACUUGUCCGAACCGACGCAAUGGAAUCGCUGGCUAGUUAUUGUACAGAUAUUCACGGCGCCGUUGUUCAUUGUCCUGAUCUUUUGGGCAAAUAUGGAACCCGAGAACCCUCGCGCUCUGCUGCGUCAUACUCUGUACUCCUUGAUCGCUUCACUGUGUGUUCUGGCACUGAUCCUGCUCACCACAUCUCCAUCUCGACCACCCCACUGGCGCUCGGCACUUUGUUUCCUUGGAUUCGCUGUCGCUAUAGCAUGGAUUAGCACAAUUGCCAACGAAGUUGUUGGUGUCUUGCGCACACUGGGCGUCAUCCUCAACAUGUCUGAUGCAAUUCUGGGUCUCACCAUCUUCGCUGUUGGAAACUCGCUUGGCGACCUCGUUGCGGACAUUACUGUUGCGCGUCUCGGUUUUCCCAUCAUGGCUCUUUCGGCUUGCUUCGGCGGCCCCAUGCUUAACAUUCUGCUGGGCGUGGGCUUGAGCGGAUGCUACAUGGUGAUAUCCAAGGGAGAACAUCGACAUGAAAAACACCCGAAUCAGUCAGUGCAUUUCAGGCCUUAUCACAUUGCGGUUAGCACUACACUAGUCAUUUCUGGUGCGACGCUACUUCUCACUUUGUCUGGCCUGCUUAUUGCGGUGCCUUUGCGCAAGUGGAAGAUGGACAAGGUUAUUGGCUGGGGAUUGGUCACAUUGUGGUCUCUGAGUACAGUUGCGAAUGUUCUGGUAGAGGUACUGGGAUAUAGUAGUAGUGUUAGCUAGAAGCCAAUGGAGCAACCAUUGAAUAUUUCAUUUGGCGUGUAUUGCCGUGCUAUAUUACAGUAGGUUAUGCCGGCUUUCAGAGGACUUGUACCGUGUGUCUGGUAUGGAACAUGUUUUUUUUUAUCUUGAUCUUCAUCUUGGCUACAACGAGCUCCUGACACUGAUGAGGGAACAAAUAGUCCUGGAUGCUGGGCUU